AUGGCAACAAUCGUUAGAAAACCCACGGUGAUCAGGAUUUCCGAAAGAAAUCUACCCACAGUAAAAUCGAUCAAAAGUGCUCGCCAUCGUUCAAACACUCUUUCAUGUCAAGAAUCCAAACCGACAAUGGUCACUGUAGCGCGUAAAAGUCAACCUGAUAUUAAUGUGCAUUUCGUAUCAACAAAGAGGCGUACAUCUGUGACACGACCGAAUAUGAAACCACCCAUUGAAAUGGAAGAUAUUCAACCGAAAACUAGAUACAGCGACUACUUUAUUUCGUUUCCCGGCCAAAAACGUGUCGGACCUGAUAACACUAUACACGGUCUUGAUUCGAAAUCCUACGAAGCUACAAGUGGAAUACAUCCGGAACCGGUUAAAAUGUUUCAAAUUAGAAAACAUAGUUGUUAUUUUCUUACCAUGCUUAUCGUUGCUGUAUUUGUCAUCGGAAUUUUAGCAACAGCACUCAGUCUAACUCUUAAACAAAACAAGGAACUCAGUGAGCGCCAAUCGACGACAGAAGCGACAAUAAUGUCCACAUCUACGGUGCAAACGACGACCACUGAAUCAACAACAAGAACUACUACGACAACAUCCGCGCCUACAACAACAACGACAAAAACGAGUACAUCGACCACCACAACAGCAACGACAGCGGGGUUGACCACACAAGCCACUUCUGCAACUACUACGACAUCAGUUACAUCGGUAGCGGUAACGAGUGUAUCUGUAAGCACUACUUCAGUUCAAUCAGCUAGUACGACGGUAUCUGACGUUACAUCACAGAUGAAUAGUACGUCAGAUGUCACGAUCACUUCCUUGAACACUUCAACGCUAGUGAACUCAAUAACUGAUUUACAAUCCACUAAUGCUGAGAACACAUUGACGAGUGCGGAUAAUUUCGUCAGCUCCAAUUCGGAUACGCCCACAUCCACAACAGAAUAUUCUUCUUCCACAUCAAAUGCAUUUGUUUCGGAUAGUACAAUUGACACAGAAUCAACAGCUACCGAUGGCCCUACACCUACUACGGAAAUCGAUACUACACUGACAGUUUCAGACAAUGCCAUAACGCCACAAUCUACUAUAAUCCAAUCAUCAACAAACAACAUCGCUUCAGUUUCCAGUCAAGAUACAUCAGAAUCACUGACCAAUUCGUUAUCCAUAGUGGACUCUUCUCCUAUUUACGAAAGUUCUGUCACAUCAGAAUACUCCACGGAUGAAGGAGGAAAAUUGCCUACAGAAGAUACAACGACUUUAGAUUGCUCGGAAGACCAUACUUGUCAUCCAUUCACAUCUUUCAUGAGUGUUACUGACUAUAAGAGUGGUGUUAUUAUCCCGCUUCUUGCUUUAUCCGCACGGUCUGGUCUAAAUUCUUCGAACGGAAAAUUAGUAUUUGAUGCUGGUGGACCGAAGACGUUCAAUGCACUUACUAGUUUUCUUGUCGAAUUGAAAUUAUUUAUUGAUCCUAGUCUGAAUCAAUCGACUUUACCAUCAUGA